CAGAGAUGGCGCCUGCUUCAGAAUGCCAGACGCUUAGCAAAGACGAUGUCAAUUACAGAGUGCAUUUCCGUAUGAUUAACGAACAGCAAGUGGAAGAUAUCACCAUUGAUUUCUUUUAUAAACCUCACACCAUCACGCUGCUCACUUUUACGACAGCCAGUCUCAUGUACUUUGCUUUUACCAGAAAUGAUUCGGUGCAGGAAGACAACCUUUGGGUAGGCAUGAUCUUGGUGAUUUUCUUCUUUCUCAUCAUCAGUGUUCUAGCAUUUCCUAAUGGGCCGUUUACAAGACCACAUCCAGCCAUAUGGCGCAUGGUUUUUGGUCUGAGUGUGCUGUACUUCCUCGUCCUGGUGUUUGUGCUCUUUCUGAACUGGGAGCAGGUGAAGGGGAUCAUGUACUGGCUGGACCCUAACCUGCGCUAUGCCACUCGUGAAGCUGAUAUCAUGGAAUAUGCCGAAAACUGCCAUGACAUCACAUGGGAGCGGAUUGUCAGCCAUUUUGACAUCUUUGCAUUCGGGCAUUUCUGGGGAUGGUCCAUGAAGGCCCUUCUGAUCCGCAGUUAUGGUCUCUGCUGGACAAUCAGUAUCACAUGGGAGAUGACAGAGCUUUUCUUCAUGCACUUGUUACCUAACUUUGCGGAAUGUUGGUGGGAUCAGGUUAUUCUGGAUAUUCUUCUCUGCAAUGGGUGUGGCAUCUGGCUCGGAAUGACUGUGUGCCGCUUCUUGGAGAUAAGGACUUACCACUGGGCAAGCAUCAAGGAUAUUCACUCCACCACAGGAAAGAUCAAGAGAGCCGUGUUGCAGUUCACGCCAGCCAGCUGGACCUAUGUGCGCUGGUUUGACCCUAAAUCGUCCUUUCAGAGGGUGGCCGGAAUCUAUCUCUUCAUGAUAAUCUGGCAGCUGACAGAGUUGAAUACAUUUUUCCUGAAGCAUAUCUUAGUGUUCCAGGCCUGUCAUGCACUGAGCUGGUGCAGAAUUCUAUUCAUUGGCAUCAUUACAGCCCCCACCGUACGGCAGUAUUAUGCCUAUCUCACUGAUACACAGUGUAAAAGAGUUGGAACGCAGUGCUGGGUGUUUGGUGCCAUUGCUUUCUUGGAAGCUCUUAUCUGCAUUAAAUUUGGGCAAGAUCUGUUCUCCAAAACUCAGGUCCUUUACGUAAUCCUUUGGCUUGUGUGCGUGGCCUUGAUUACAUUCCUCUGUUUGUAUGUGAUGGUUUGGUACGCAGAAUACACUGGACAGAGGCCACAGACAUAUUCUGAGAGUGAAGACAGUAGCUUCCUUGAUUCGCCUUGUUACCAGUAUGAUAAUUUAAAAGAUGAACGUGACUCGGUAAUUGCUUCACACUCCACUGAGCACAGCACAUCAAGACGGAGAAAAGGAUCUUCCAAGGCCAAAGCAACCAAUGGAGUGAGUGGCAAGAAAUAAGAGGACACAAUGUGAAGAGAAUGCCGGACUGUGCCUAGACGUAGAGAAGGGCUGAAGAGGGCUCGGGACACGUUUUUUGGAGUACAGUUAGCAGUGUACACAUGGAAAUGAGACUUGAUUUAAAGAAAGAAAAAAAAAAACAGAAGCCAAGGGCUGGAAACUUCAAUCGAUUUCAGAUCAUCGCUCGCUCUUAAACUCACCAUUCUGUUCUGUUACAAUGUGUUGGGUUUCCUGCGAUCACCUCUAAUUAUCUAAUCAAUAAGUGUGUGUGUGUGUGUGUGCGCAUGUUUUGUUUUGGUUUGUUUGUUUGUUUGUUUGUUUUUAAGCAGCAAAGCCGCUUUUAUAAAUUGGGAGAUGAUGCUUUAUGGGCAGAAUGCUUUGAUCAAGCAGCUACUUUGACACAGUUGCGACUGGUCUGGUUUUAUUAUUUUUUUGUUUCUCUUUAGACAAAUCAUGGUAAAGCACACGCUUUUGCACUUUUUAACUAACCACUCCACUGUUUUUUUUGCCUGUUACUUUAUAGCUUUGUGUACAGACAGAUGCUUUCUAUGAGCUUGAGUCACUGAGGUGAAUUUUUUUUUUGAUGUUACUUGUAAAGCCAGUUACUAUAUUGUAAGAUGGAUGACUUGCCAGCUCCAUUUUCUUGUUCAAAUGUUUAUUAUAUUUUCCAUUAAACAUUCCAUUAUAUUGGUUUAACCUCUGAAUGAAUUAACCCUCUUUUGAUUGGCUAAUCCAAAACAGGGGAAAUGGCUGAUUUUAUUAAAUCAACCCCUACACCAGGACUUGCUACCACCAGUUACUAUAUAUAAAAAAAACAAAAAACUCCACCAAGACUGUCUAACGGUGUCCCGUGCAAAUGAAAACUCUGAUAUAUCAACAAAAAAGAGGGAUUGAGGUAUAUCUACAACAUCUAUCUAUAUUCAUUAUGUUGGCUCACUAUGGUACACCAUUAAGAAUCCAAAUAUAAAAGCUAUGAUGAAAACUUUAUGUAUGUAUUAUCUGUAUGGGUUCAUUAUAGUCACUCCAAGCCGUACUUCUUUAAUUAACAUGCAUAUCACCGUAGAACUAUAGAGAGCACUUUAAAUAUUGUGCAGUUUACCUGAGGAAUCGCAUUAAAUAAAUAAAUACUAAUUGUGUGUAUUACACGACUUAAUUAUAAAUUAUUAAAAUAGACAUACUGUAGAUAGGCAAUAAUGACAUUCCCCUAAAAAUGUGUAUUUAAAUUAAAAUACAUAUCUUUGUAUUUCUGUUUGCAAAGAUUGUUUAAAUAUGUAAAAAAAUAUAUAUAUUAAUGUGGAUACCGUCAGGUUUACGUUUUCACAGCUUUUUUGUAAUCCGUAUACUGUGAGUAACAUUUCUUUGAGUAGGAUCUGAAGUAAAUAUAUAGUGCAAUACAUGUUUGUGGAGAACGGGAGCCCCAAACAUACAUUAUUCAAAGUAUAGGUAAUAUGGUGGUGAAAAGUUAUCUACAUUUUUUUCAUAUACGCAAUUCAUUAAACAAAAGCUUUGAAACUCAACUGGAUUUUUUUUUUUUUUUUUUAAAAGCGAGUCAUUUAUGAGGGAGUUCAAGUUUAAAUUAGGACUUGAGUUCAGCAAGACACAUUCCUCAUCUGUGUUUUCAAGGCAGAACUUGUUGCCUAUAAACUUCAUUAACCUCCAGUUUGGUAUGGGUCAGAUUGUCUGGUUGCUUUCCUCAACAAGUAACUGUCCAUAGCUGUGUACAUAUUGAUGGGGUUUAGAGCUGCAGUUGGGAUUUCAGUCCUGUUUUAUAUUAAAUCACCAUUGCAGUUAACAGAUGCAAUUCAACUGGUUCUUUGCAUGAUCUGUAAAAUAUUGAAAGCGUACUAUUACUACCAUAUAUGCAAGUGUUGUGUGGCUGUAGAUGUUUUGUGACAUCCAGUGUGUAUUUGUAAAAGAUCUGUCCAUGUCCACUCUGUUUUAUCCUUUGCAUGUUACUUUGGGUAAGAUUUAGGUCAGUAUAACGUACUGUAUAUGUAAGAAUUAGCUCGGAAAAGUGAGAAAAUGUGUUAAUCAGAAAAUGAAUGUAAAAAAAUGGAUUACUGAUGGUAUGACCCUGUUGAAUGAAUGUGACUGGUGUUGGCAUGUCUACACUCCAGUUUCCUUAAUACUUCAUCAAAACGGCAGCAUUUUACAGGGCCUGUGCCAGUGACGUAUGGUUUUGUAUUAUAGUUCUCUGCAGUAUUUGGAAGAGGUUAGUCGAUAGUUUUAGGCAGGAUCUGGUUGUUCAUAAGGUACUUUUACAGUAAGUAAAAGAUUCUGAUAAUCAAAAAAUGUAUCCAUGCUGUAUUGACUGGGUAUACUCUUAGAAACUCGGGAGAAGCAGUUGAUGUAAGGCCAUGGAAAACAUGUACAAGCUACCUAAUCCAUCUGUGCACAUAAAACUGUUGCCAGUGGAUACAUUUGAUGCUGACAGAGGGUAAAAAAAACCCCAAACUUAGUUUUAAAUGUUAACAUCAGGUUUGUAAAGGGUGAAUUUAUUGAGCCCAAGGAACAGUAUUUGCUGUUGUGUUGAUUUUCGAAUAGAACUGUUCCAUAAGCACUUGUACAUGUGUUUGUAUGCUGUGUGUUGAAUUCAGAAAACAAAACAAAAAACGCAUACUGUUGUAAUACAGAUAGCUGUAUGUAAAAGAAUGCCAUAUAGUGAAUAACUGGCUAUAACAUUAUGUGGAGCUUUAUAUAUGUAUACAGUAUAACUGUGACUGACUUCUCUCAGGAAAAUGCAAACAAGUUUGUGAUACUAGAAAAUGAAUGACUAAAAUAAACCUACGAAAAUAACCCUGUCCACAUCUGUUCUAUUGGCAGUUUUAUUUUAUGUUCAUCUGUUUACUGCAGCAAUUUGAUUUAUUUACUUGCAUAUCAGAUCAUUUAUUAAUAUGUACUGUAUCAAACUUAAAUAAAAUAGCCAAACACCUAA